CCACAACGAUUUUCCCGAAGGAAACAUGAGAUUAAACGUCCACUCUCUUCAUACUGCAUGUGCUGGCUUAAGUAAAUUUAGACCUGGCCAUCGCCUCCAAGACAGCUGCCUACUUCUUUGUAAUAGCUACCAUAAACCAAAGACUAAACAAAUGAAAAUCUCUCCAUCGUUCCUUUGUCCAGAAGUUUUUUUUUUCUUUCCCAAAAGCAACGGUACAACCAGACAGUUGACCUUUUUGUCGAACUGUACUUUUUUCUUACUCUUUUUUUGUGUAAUGUUAUGGAGAAGAUCAGGCCUGUGCCCUAUGGUGCUGUCAGUCGUGACAGUUCCCAGAUGGAGCCGCUACUGUAUGUGAGAUUGAGUUUCUCACCAAAAAACUCCCUCACUCUCCAAACCGUCCUCAAAAACCUUCUUCUUGCUCAGCAGAGCGCUGGCUCGCCGGACACUAAGCUGGUAGAAAUUCUUACAUUUUAUGGAAGAAAAGCUGUGUCGAUUUCUUGAUUCAAGUUUCCGCUCCCGAGGUCCAUCACGAGGCGGACGACUUGCAGACCUGGAUACAGACUCAAGUCUUCAGAUCUCUUUUGUGUGUCACAGAUGCACCAGUCCAGAUAAGAUCAAACAAGAACGACUCUGGGAGAAGGAAGAACUGACGUUAACCAAUCACCACCAGCUGUACAGUUCUCUGCGAUGCCAUGUGAUAUGAAAUAACCGAAAUCGAUUUAUUAAAAACAUAAAUUUUAUGCACAAAUAUUUUUUUAAUAAAUGCAAUUUUAUUUUCUUUGAACAUACCCUAGUUCCGCUGCAAAUGUGAGCUGCCUGACCUUUUUUAAGUGUAGUUACGCUGGGCAGAAAAAUUGUGUGUUUCUCAGACAAAGAUCGCUCACGGCAAUUCACAGAGCAACUCAACAUGAUCAUUUAGCUGACGGUGGGACAGAAGUUUCGAGAAAAACAGAUACAAAAGUUAAAUGAGUUUAAUCACACCAUGAGCAUAUCUGUACAAAUAUGCCUCCCGACAUGCAAAGGUAGAAAUCUAUACAUUUUUAAUUAUGAAAGGGAAUAUAUUUUAUAUAAACCUUAGAAUAUAGGUAGGGGACAUGAAUGGCAAAAUUGAUUUGCAUUUUGAUUAAUGUAUCUGGCCUCCUCUAUGUCAGCUCAGAGAGAUGUUGAAUUUCUCUAGGCACACAUUUUUAGUUAUGCAGUUUGGCUGAUGUCACAUGUUUGUAUCUUCCAUGACUAAAUGAAUUUGGUGGACAUCACAUUUUAAUUAAAAGAAGAAAAAAAAAUGAAACAAGAAAAAAACAAAAUAUGUAAUGGUUAGAUUUAAAUAAGUGGCUUGCCUUGGGAAAGUUAAAAUCUCAACAUAAUAAAGUUACCUCAACAAAUGGCAUCAAACCUCACCUUAAUAACAAAAGGCUAUUUACAACCACAGUAAGGGAUAUGUGAAAGUAUCAUUUGACUGUAUCUAAUGCAGUGCUUAGAUGUAAGUGUUCUAAGUGAUUUCUCAUCAGUCUCUCUGACGAUUUCUGUAGAAGGCACAGCAUUGGGACAUUAGUUAAAAAUGAAAAACUCCUUUUUGCUGUGUUGUGUCUGAUAUUCUUUCUGUUAAGCCGAGUGUGUAGUGUAAGGGGCUGUGUUGGCUCAACUCACUUCUUUCAUUUUAUCAGCUGGGAGCCAGUUACCUUUUCACACUUGAUCCUGCCAUUUUCAGAGACCAGGGUGACAUUCCAGCUGUGGGCCCACACCUCUGCAUUGCAUCAGUGAUGCCUAUCAGCUGUCUGACUUUGAUUGUACCUGCUCUGUGUCACAUCACGGAGGGAUUUCAGAUUGGCAUAACAAAAUGAUAUUUGUACACAUACGCACACACAAACACAAACACACACACACGCACAGGCACACACACGCCUACAUGUGCACAAACAUGCACACACGUGUGUACUUGUCCACACACACAUGGACACAUUAAUCACUAUUUCAUAUAAUAUAAUCAUAAGCGUUAUGUACUGACAUGUUUGCAUUAUUGCGUGCAAUGUGGUUAUUCCAAGCGCAUUACAUUACAGCCUUUUUAAAAUUCAGUGCAUGUCAAAGGUAUUAAAUGUGACCAAACUUCCUCCAUCAUGUCGGACUUAAGUGAACUCACAGCUGUCAUGGGGCCUGUGUUUUACAUCAUACCACAAUUCAGAUAUUUCAUUAAUCUAUUUUUGAAACAAAAGAAAAAAACAAUUACAUCCUCCAUUUAGGAGAACAAUUAUGCAUUGUCUUUGCUAUUGUGAGCAUGCAGUUUGAAGGAAGAUGGAGGGGUCUGGCAUGUAAACUCAUCUUCCCCUUUUAUUGAUUCCAGAAAGGAUCAUUUUCAAAUGGAAAGCAGCUUGUUUCAGCAUGGUCAAAAAAUCCUGCUUUAAACAUCUUGAACAACCCUGCAAAUACUCGCAUAUCUAUAUCGAAUCAUGUAUCAUGAUACAUUUGAAAAAAAGAUUAUAUAGUGAUUAAUUUGAAAUAAAAUGUAGUUAUCUCAACCCAAUACACUAUUAUUUGGAUGAUAAUUUCAGUAUGCAGUUUGGUUAACGUUGAAUGGUAAACAAAAUGUCUUGUUACAUUAAUAAACUAAAAAUGUAACAUUACAGUCAUUUUGCAUUAUGAGCGUUGCUAAUGUCCAGUGAUUGUGUAUGAGGAAGAUAACAAAAAAGCUGGUGACAGUUCCCUAAAAAAGCUGGUGGGUGAGUAAAAUGACACCACCAGAUGGUGCUAGAGUACGAGUACCAAUUCUUUGCCACCUAAAAAUAAACUGAGCAGUAAAAUGGAAAAUGCAGAGUUCUAAAAUUAAAUGUGUCAUUUGCUUAUAGGGUGGAUGUAUAUAACCAGAAUGUCAUGAGUAUAUUCAAGCCAAAUAGAUACUUUAGCUCCCUUCAAAAUGAUGGUGGCAAUUACAUCACGAGGCAAUGACAAGAUUCUGCACCCAUGGCUUGCUUUAAGACUCAGCGGGUCAUCCUAGUGAUUGUUUGUGCAGAGCGGCAAGUUUGCUAUGUGAGAAUAGGGACACUUCAUAUGAUAAUGUGUCAUGCCGAUUUAUCAAUGAGUAAAGUUUAGGACUCCCACACCGCCUAACAAGUAUCACCGUAAGCUUUUUUGCAAGUGUAACUGAAUCAAAUUUUACAUUCGCUUUGUAAUGCCAUGAUUUAAAAUAGCACAAGUACUGCCCUCACACUCAUUUUAAAAUACAAACAAAUAACAAAUAGUGACUUUUACCCUGUUAGAGGCAGGGACCUUACAUUUUGCUGACAAGAUUCUGUAGCUUAUAACUCAGCAGAUGUCUCCUGCAUCUCUUCAUCCUCCAUGAACACGCAAAGUAAAAUAAUGAAGAAACCUAAGAGAGGCCUACUCUAUUGAAGAUGCAAAUGGAGCUAUUCCAUCUCAUGGAUUAUACACCAGCACUGGAGUCAAAUACAUUCAUGCAAUUCAGCCAAUGCAGUAAAUUAAUUGAAAUUGAAUUCAUUAAUUGAAAAAAAUCCAUAAAACAUUGCAUAUCAUUUUCAAUACAAUGACUGUAUCUUUAUUUUUCAUGAAUUUUGAAAAUUGAAAAUAAAUUUACCCUGGUGCUGCUAUAUACAUCUGGAUAUGAUAUUUUAAGCACAUUUUCAUAAGACAGCAAGUUAAUGCUAUCCCAAUAAUAAUAAUAAUAAUAAUUAGUCAUAGAAGUAGUAGUUGCAGUAAAUUUGUAUUACAGUUAAUACCUAAAAUGAAUGCACUGAAAUUUGCAGGUUACUGAAUCUAUUCCGGUUAAGUAGCUCAAGGGUACAAUGUGGGCACUCCCCAGUGGGAAGUAAAAAAAACAAUGGUGGUGAGAAAAGAAAAAAACAACACCCUUGUGAGAAGAAAUAUCAGGAGAAUCCCAGAUGACAAAAUUUGCCCCUCCUACUGUGGCUCAAAUCAACCAUACAACCUUCAAGGUGCAAGUCCUGUUCUUUACCCAUUAUGUUACACUGCCACCCAAUGUUCAGAUGGGUACAUUGUAAUUCUUAAAAAAUGAAAUGUCUUUUUGAUUUUCUGUGGAUGAUUGUUAUUCAUUCAGUUCUUUUAACGUUGGUUAUUUUAUGGCCGUGUAGGUGUGUAGCUCUGGAGAGUUUAUUGACAGAGUUACACAAGUUCUGCAACAUUGAACAGUUGGUUGGCUGUUGUGCAUUUUGGGAUUGAUCUUAUUCAUGGUUCUGUAGUUUAGCUGCCUAAAAAUGAAACAUUUUGUUCACUGAAUUCUUGAUUUCUCGACUGGCAGCAUUAUGAGAUAUAUCUUGCCGCUGGAGGAUGGAGUCAAAUCCUAAAAAUCCUGGUCAACUGAAAACCAGGGUCCUUAUUUUAGCAACCACUCAAGGCACUGCACUGUGUGAACUACAAGGGGUUGUUCUUUCUGGUACGUUCUCCUUUAAAUUGUUUUUAAAUGGAGUGAAGUCAAAUACAAAUGUUAUUAUUAUUUUAUCCUUCGCACUUUCCUGAACACUACUUCAUUUAAUUUAAACAUUCAUUUAAGUGAUGCCUUUUGCAAUGAGAUAAUUUAUGUGACACAAAUUUUGAAUGACCACAUCCUCUUCAGAUGGUAGGAUAAAGAAAAAAGAAAAGAAAAACACAGGGCCAACUUACAUUUUAAUAAUAACACUGGGUAACAUUGCUUAGGAAUAAGGAACACAAGAGCUCACUUUGAUCAGGGCAAAAGGCACUAAUUAAUGAACAGGGUAGGACAAACGAAAACAGGUCAAAACGUCAGUCCUACCCUGUUAAUUAAACAGUGUCUUUUGCCCUGAGCAAAGUGUCCUCCAGUGUUCUUUAUUUCGGGCCAGUCCCGAAGUGUCCUGGUAAGGAGCUUUUCUCUAAUUGUUUGUUGUAACUUGGCCUCAUUUUGAUAUCAAUAUUUUUAACGACAGGCCUAGAUUUUGCUAGAUUUAAUAACUUAUAGACAGCGCUUUGUAUGAGUGAGUAACUUGUCAUUUUUGUUAAUGGAAAAUGCGGUUUAUUGAGAUUCAUUUGUAGCUGAGCUGAGGUCUCGUCCAAAAUGUAAGCUUUAACCAGUCGGCUGCCUAGAUUCACCAUUGUAUAUAGUUAUCUCCCUCUAGUGGCCAGGUGUGGCAAAUACUGUGAACUGCUUUUGCAGUAGGCAGAAAACAAUUCGACGAGGGAGAUCAGCAUUACGAAAACAAUGGAUGACUUUUCCCAUUCUUGUUGGCCGAUGCUACAACAGUGAUAAUCAUAGCUAUUGAAAUCUCAAAAUAUUUGAUGAAUAGCCUUGAUUAGAUCUAACCUCUUCUAUUUAAUUUAGCAAACUUCAUUAUGAAGCCUACCUUAAAACUGCUCUCCGUGCAGUUACGACAUGCAUCCCAAAAGGACAGAACCGGGCGUUUGAACCUCGAUGAAUGUAUGCCGAUGUUGUUCCUGUCUAUGUGCUGCGUUAAUCAAUGAGCGCGGUUAUUUCCCUACUCGCGGCAAGUGGAGUGAGAGAAGAAACUGUCACCCUUAGCAUGGGGGCUGAGAGAGGGCACAAAGGCCCUCUUGUAGAAGUCUUAUACAAACCCCCAUGUGCACAAGAAAUCCACACAGAACCUGACCCCUUCGGCAACGAGCACACACUUAAGGUUGAUAAAAUGAAACCGUCAGUUGUUGCUGCUAUUCUCCUGCUGGGACUUUUGACCAGCGACGCGAUGCCUUCAAGUCGCGUGUCCUGCUACAAGAAGGUUUUGAAGGACAGAAACUGUCACCAUGUCGCAAAUGGCAUCGAUCUGAUGCGACCCAUCGAUUCUCUCCAGAAUCACUUCUGGGAAGGAAACAAAUGCGAUAUGGUCUGCUACUGCAAUUUCAAUGAGCUUCUCUGCUGUCCCAGGGAUGUUUUCUUCGGACCCAAGAUCUCCUUUGUGAUACCGUGCAAAACUCGCUGAGAGAGAUCUGUCUGCAGUCGGCCUUCAGCUUGAGUUGAUGGAAAAAUCUUACCUGACACCAUGUUGGUGCUGGUCUGAAUAGCUAUACAAUUAGCUCUUGUGACCUGUGCGCUGUGAAGUUCAUUUUGUAUUUUAUAUGGAUAUAACCAAAUUAUUAGCCUACUAAAAUGCCAGCACCAACAUGGAAUCAAAUCAGCCUGGCCGUGUUUCAUUUGGGAAUGAGAUACAUAAAUGGAUCACUAUACUAAUGUAUGUAACAUUAUUAGAAUUUCAUAUGAGCAUUACUUGUAUUUGGCCACAUUCACUGAACAUGUGCCACAGCAGCUAUUCAAACUGGUCAUACAUAUUUCAUGCAAGUCUUAUUCUUACCUUUAUGACAAUUGAACAGCCCUCUCUUUGUGAUUGAUUUGCUACAGUUGUAUAGUCAUAUCUAACUAGACUGACACCAACUGUGACAUUUCAGGAAAUGCUAUACGUUACCGAUAAAGAAAGAUGAGUUAUACCAGCAGGAACGCUUAGAUAAUGGACAUGAGUGAACUAUUACGAAAGGAAAUAAAUCCCAUAUUUUAUCGGUAUGGGCACUGUAAAAACAUGAGCUAAGUUAGAACACUCAUGUCCAAAAUACUGUAUGGGUACAAGUGCUGGGCAGAAUGCAAAUCAAUAGGAAAAAUCAGCCUACAUACUGCAGUGGACAGUUUUUUAUGAUGACAUCCUGAGGAACACCCCUUUGGGCCAAAACAUUAAUGUUUUGAUUAUUAAAUUGUAUCAUUUUUCAUGAACUACAGUGUGCAACUAUAUAUUUUUUCCAUUCCCAACACAUUACCAUCAGUAUUUUAACAAGAGUAAUAACACAAAAGUAAUGCAGACUCGCUGGUUACUCAGUAAACAGAGUCUGCUGCCGUAAUUAUCAUUUUAUGCAAACUCAAUGCUGUAUAACAAUGUCAUUGGUAUUACAUUCAAUCUGGUGGCUGUAAGACAAGGUGUUUAUGUUUUAAACUCUGCAACUUGGUAUUUAGCAAAGUGUAUUUUAAUCUAUAGGAAAACUAAUAAAGAAAGAUGGAAUGUGUUUAUAAGCUGCUCUAAAUGUCACAAUAUAUUCCUUAAAUUGUACUGCAUUAUUGUAAAAAAAAAAGAAUAUGACAAAAAAAGA